AUGCUGUCACAAGAAUCUAUUUUCAUUGGCGCCAACAAACAGACUCAAGUCUCAGACUUAGAGGAGACUACCAAGGUUGUUGCAUAUGGUGCAGGUAAGACGAUAGCACUAUGGAAGUCUAUGGACACUUCCCAUCACGGCGUGUUCAAGACUCUCAAGGGACAUACUGCCGAAGUCACAUGUGUCAGGUUUGUGAAGGGGACUGAUAUGAUGGUGUCCGCUUCGGAAGAUUUCGAAGUGAGAGUGUGGAACUUUCCCAAAUUGAGAGAAGGGCAUAUGGAUGAAGUUGAAUGCAUCCAAGUAAUAAAACAUCAUAAACACACUAUCACUGUAUUUGCAGUUUUAAAAAAUUUACUGGUUGUUGGAUGUGCAGAUGGUUCCAUCUCAGUCUGGUCUUUCAUUGAGGAUCAGUAUGUUUUGCAAGAGGAAUUUUCGGUCCAGAAAGGUGUAUUUCCACUUUGUUUAUCAAUGCAUGAAAUCGAGAAGACUCAGUUUAUUCUCGCUAUUGGUGGUACCAACGUCAAUGUAUUCAUUUACAGUCUCGUCUCAAAUUCUGAAGGUGUGUCCAAGCUAGAAUUUGCUACCAAAUUGGAAGGACAUGAAGAUUGGAUCAAGAGUUUGGUGUUCAGAGAAACAGUACCGGGUGAUUAUUUACUUGCAUCAGGAUCACAGGACCGUUAUAUUAGACUCUGGAGAAUUAGAACUAAUGAAAAGAUUGAUACCUCUGAAGAAGAUGAAAAGAAGUUGACUUUGCUAAGCAAUAAGAUUUACAAGUUUGACAUCUCUGCAGAUGUCCAUGUGGCCAUAAAUUUUGAAGCAUUGAUCAUGGGUCAUGAUGACUGGAUUUCUUCGUUACAAUGGCAUAAAACGAAAUUACAGCUUCUCACUUCUACUGCAGACACGGCUGUGAUGGUUUGGGAGCCUGAUACCAUUUCCGGAAUUUGGAUCUGUUCAUCUAGACUCGGUGAGCUAUCCUCGAAAGGUGCAUCAACUGCAACUGGUUCAUCUGGUGGUUUCUGGUCCUGUAUAUGGUUCACCCACGAUGGAAAGGAUGUUAUUCUAACCAAUGGUAAAACUGGAUCUUGGAGAAUUUGGACUUCAACUGAUGGAUUAUUAUGGGACCAGGAACUUGGUAUUACAGGAGCUACGAAAUCCGUGACAGACGUCGCAUGGUCUAUCGAUGGGAAUUAUUUGCUAUCUACUUCGCUGGAUCAAACCACAAGAUUAUUUGCUGAGUGGAAAUAUGAGACAUCUGGUGUAGAAAGAAAGACACCAUCUUGGUGUGAGAUGGCUAGACCCCAAAUUCAUGGGUAUGACAUGCUUUGUGUUGAACCCAUUUCUAAUACGAGAUUCGUUAGUGGAGGAGAUGAAAAAAUUCUAAGAUCCUUUGACGAACCAAAAGCCGUCGCUCAGCUACUGCAAAAAUUCAGCGGGAUUAAGACUGAACAUAACGGUGACCUUCCAGAUUCUGCAGCAUUACCAGCAUUAGGUCUUUCUAACAAAGCGACUACCGAUGUUGAUGAGAACGAAUCGGAUGAUGAUCCAGAUGCCAGAGAAACCGCAGAAACCAAAAACAUAUCUUCUGAAUUGAUUGAUGAACUUUUAACUCCGCCUUUAGAAGAUCAGUUACAGAGACACACUUUAUGGCCUGAAAUUGAAAAGCUAUAUGGACAUGGAUAUGAGAUUUCCUGUAUUGAUGUUUCGCCAGAUAGGAAAUUAAUCGCAACGGCCUGUAAAUCUAACAACGCUCAGCAUGCGGUAAUUAGAUUAUUUGAUGCCGAGAAUUGGAAUCAAUUGCCUCAGGUUCUUCCUUUCCAUAAUUUGACAAUCACAAAGUUACGAUUCUCAAAGGAUAAUCGUUAUCUCUUGAGUGUUAGUAGAGAUAGACUGUGGUCCUUGUGGGAAAGAAACUUUGAUAAUAACAGCUUUGUUCUCAGAAGCUUCAAAGAAAAACCACAUAGUAGAAUUAUUUGGGAUGCUGAUUGGGUACCAUUGGCCAAAGGAUUGGCAUUUAUUACUGCAUCCCGUGACAAAACGUUGAAGUUUUGGAGAUUAUCAAAAGAAGACGAAGCUACGUCUGUAGAAUUGGAGAAUAGCAUACGGUUUUCAGAACCUGUAACCUCCAUCUCCGUUCACAAAGAUUUAUAUAACGAAAAGGUUUUGCUUGCCGUAGGUUUUGAAAGCGGUGCCAUUCGAAUUCUUUCGUAUACAGAAAGCUUUAAUGACAUUACCGAAAUUGAUUGGGCUAUUACACCUGCUGAUAAGAUCAAUCGAUUAAGAUGGAGUAACUUAGUCGAAAACGGAAAACUUUUACUUGGUGUCGGAAGCGCUGACACAUCUACACGCAUUUAUUCGUUAAAUAUAAGCACAUUCAAAGAUUAG